GGAGGGAGACAGAAGGACUGGACCCAAAGAUUUUUACGUCAUGUUUCACAAAGCAACUCGGAAAAUCGUGAAAGAAAUUGACCCUUAUGGUGGCACACUGAUUCCUGCCGCAAGUCCCUAUUUUUCUGAUGGCUUCAAGCCCCUGUACAUCAUCAGGAAAAAGGAAAAAACUUGGUUUUUCACAAAAGACAAAUACAUCCCGACAUCCGUCACACUGGCUGAAAUAUUAAAGGAUGGCAAAGAUUUAGACAUUGGAUUGCAAAGCUCAAAGUUUUGCAACUAUGGAGCUAGCAAGUCCAUUUCUGGAGGUGUGGAUGCCAGUGUGUGUAUUGUCGAUGCAGGAGUGCAUGCAUCAGGUGGUGUGGCUGACAUCAUAUCUACUGUGGAAUUGAAGAAGCGAGUAAUCUCUGAAAAGAUGCUGCUUGAGGCUACUAAGGACAGGAAGAUUGACAGAGGACACAUCUUUGUGAAAAAACUGCCUGGAGAUAUUUUUUAUGUUAUAUCAGAAGUGGUGGAAACAGAUAGACCAUGUGAUCUAAACAGUCUUUUCGAGGCAAAAGGAGGAGUGGCAGUCCCAACUGACAUAAUCAAGGCUAAAGGAGGAGCUGAUGUAUGUUCGAAGGAGAAUUUAACCUUCCACGCUGGAACUACCAUUGCAUUCAAACUCUCAAAACUGAGGAUAACAGAGGAUGACACCCUGGAUAUAGUUUGGGAUGAUUGGUUGAGAAGCCACUUAGAAUCAUUAUACCAGACACCUGAGAUUCCUCUCACAGAACUGACCAAACUGUCGAAGGACGUGAGCCAACUGUUCCUCAACACAUUCCUUCAGAUUCUUGGUAACAGUGAUAACCUUCCUGUUCUUGUGACAAUGCUUGACCAGAUAUGUGAAGGUUUCCAGCCCGACCUCCAAGUCCUGGGUCUGAUGGAAGACGAGGAUAGAGCCUGUGUGGAGAAACUGUUGGAUCUGUUGGGAAUUCGGAAGGUUGAUCCACCGGGACAGCCCCUCACCUUGACACCCCAUCAGAAUGAAGUCAUAAAGACUGUAAACAUUUUCAUCCAGUCACUCAAUGAACUGAAUCCUGACACUUUAAUCCUACUGGCUACUAGUGUUGAGAUGAAGAUUAUAUCCAGACAACUAAAGCUGGUAGAAAAGGUUGAAGAAAGAUUUUUCAAACGUUCCAAACAUGAAAUGCAAAACAACCGAGCUGAGGAGACUCUCGAGAGCCUGGCCCUUCAGUUCACAGAGAGCGAGUUUGAAAUAACUCAGGGGAUCCUGGAAGAAUUUGGAUUUCACCUAAAGAGAGAAAACACUUCAAUCUCAUAUGAAAUGAAGGACAAAAAUGAAGAUAUGUUCUGUUCCAUCUUUACUGCUCUGAGUGUUCUCAAAGCUUUAGAUGACCGAGUAAACAAGUAAUGAUUUACAUCAGUCAGCCAUAUACCUUGAAGAUUUACCCCUUCUCCUUCCAGUUAUCUCCCUGCUAACCCAAGGGUGCAUCCUGUUUCUAUCCUUGAAUGAAGGCAAAAUACUGCACAUGCUGAAAUCAAAAUCCAACACAUCAUCUGUGUGAGAGAAACAGUGUUAAUGUUUCACGUCCAGUGUGACCUUUCUUCAGAACAUUCUCUUUUCUCUCUCUUUAAGAAUUUGUUGAUGGCAAAAGAAGCUUUUCAUGUUUUGCACUUGCUUAUGUCUGUGAAGAACUGUAAAGUACAUAUUUCAAACAGCACUCUGCGAUGGAAGUUGGGAAUGUUACUGCACUUUGCUGUACCAACUGAAACCUGUUUUAAUAAAGCUCAUU